GUGGUAUCACAUUUUUCAUUCAUUGUUUAUGUGAACAGCAAACAAGUUAUAACCCUUAACUAUGUCAUGUAAAUUACAAAUUGUCAAUGCGGCCUUGGCAAUAACAGCAUUUACACUAGCGAUAGCGUGCCCUCCAACAUGUAUAAAACCAGUAUAUACUAAAGACAAUCAAGAUAUUUUCGAAUUUUACGAACAAUUCUCUGAGAAACAAAUUAUCAGCUUUUUUGAACAGAAGAAAAUGAAUGAAGUUUUAAUAUCGUACAAGACAUACAAAUCUUCAGACUGUGAACAAAUAAAACAAGCAUACAUAACUAGUCUAUACCAAUAUUAUUCUAAACAUAAAUGUGUUGACCAGGAUGUCCAUGAAAUAAACGAAUACGUCGAAAACCAAAGUGAUAACUCCGAAUGUCAAAAUGAAUACUGUAAGGAGGUAAAGACCAAAGAAGGACAAGACAUUUUCGAAUUUUUUGAGCAAUUUUCUGAGGACGAAGUAACUAGCUUUUUUACACAAAAGGGUAUGCAAAAGGUCUUACAAUUAUAUAAGUCAUACAAAUUAUCUAAAUGCCAACAAAUAAAAUUAGAAUACAUUAAAAGUCUAUAUAUUUACUACUCCAAACAAAAAUGUGUUGACCAGGAUGUCCAAGAACUUAAAGAAUUCAUUAAAAAUAAAAACCAAAAUAUUGAAAUUCAAAUUGAAGUAAGUUCACAGAAUGACACCAAUGAAACAAAUCAAAAAGACAACACCAAUUCUUCUCAAGAUAUUUCCGAUGUAAGAUCUAAUGACGGACAAGAUAUUUUUGAAUUUUAUGAACAAUUUUCAAAAGAGCAAGUCAUUAGUUUCUUCGAACAGAAAGGUAUGAAUGAAGUUAUACAAGCUUAUAAAUCAUACAAAUCAUCAGAAAGCCAGCAAGACAAACUGACUUACACUAGUUAUCUUUCUCGUUAUUACUCCAAAAAUGGUUAUGCUGAUCAACACGUUCAAGAAUUCAGCGAAUAUGUAAAUAAUCAAAAAGCAGAUAGUAAAUCUCAAUCUCAGGACAGUUCACAGAAUGACACCAAUGAAACAGAUCAAAAAGACAACACAAAUUCAUCUCAAGAUAUUUCCGAUGCAAGAACUAAUGACGGACAGAGCAUUUUUGAAUUUUAUGAACAAUUUUCAAAAGAGCAAGUCAUUAGUUUCUUCGAACAGAAAGGUAUGAAUGAAGUUAUACAAGCUUAUAAAUCAUACAAAUCAUCAGAAAGCCAGCAAGACAAACUGACUUACACUAGUUAUCUUUCUCGUUAUUACUCCAAAAAUGGUUAUGCUGAUCAACACGUUCAAGAAUUCAACGAAUAUAUAAAUAAUCAAAAAGCAGAUAGUAAAUCUCAAUCUCAGGACAAUUCACAGAAUGACACCAAUGAAACAAAUCAAAAAGACAACACAAAUUCAUCUCAAGAUAUUUCCGAUGCAAGAACUAAUGACGGACAGAGCAUUUUUGAAUUUUAUGAACAAUUUUCAAAAGAGCAAGUCAUUAGUUUCUUCGAACAGAAAGGUAUGAAUGAAGUUAUACAAGCUUAUAAAUCAUACAAAUCAUCAGAAAGCCAGCAAGACAAACUGACUUACACUAGUUAUCUUUCUCGUUAUUACUCCAAAAAUGGUUAUGCUGAUCAACACGUUCAAGAAUUCAGCGAAUAUGUAAAUAAUCAAAAAGCAGAUAGUAAAUCUCAAUCUCAGGACAGUUCACAGAAUGACACCAAUGAAACAGAUCAAAAAGACAACACAAAUUCAUCUCAAGAUAUUUCCGUUGUAAGAACUAAUGACGGACAGAGCAUUUUUGAAUUUUAUGAACAAUUUUCAAAAGAGCAAGUCAUUAGUUUCUUCGAACAGAAAGGUAUGAAUGAAGUUAUACAAGCUUAUAAAUCAUACAAAUCAUCAGAAAGCCAGCAAGACAAACUGACUUACACUAGUUAUCUUUCUCGUUAUUACUCCAAAAAUGGUUAUGCUGAUCAACACGUUCAAGAAUUCAGCGAAUAUGUAAAUAAUCAAAAAGCAGAUAGUAAAUCUCAAUCUCAGGACAGUUCACAGAAUGACACCAAUGAAACAGAUCAAAAAGACAACACAAAUUCAUCUCAAGAUAUUUCCGAUGCAAGAACUAAUGACGGACAGAGCAUUUUUGAAUUUUAUGAACAAUUUUCAAAAGAGCAAGUCAUUAGUUUCUUCGAACAGAAAGGUAUGAAUGAAGUUAUACAAGCUUAUAAAUCAUACAAAUCAUCAGAAAGCCAGCAAGACAAACUGACUUACACUAGUUAUCUUUUUCGUUAUUACUCCAAAAAUGGUUAUGCUGAUCAACACGUUCAAGAAUUCAGCGAAUAUGUAAAUAAUCAAAAAGCAGAUAGUAAAUCUCAAUCUCAGGACAGUUCACAGAAUGACACCAAUGAAACAGAUCAAAAAGACAACACAAAUUCAUCUCAAGAUAUUUCCGUUGUAAGAACUAAUGACGGACAAGAUAUUUUUGAAUUCUUUGAACAACAUCCCGAAGAGCAAGUAAUCAGUUUUUUUGAAAAAAAUUAUAUGAGGGAAAUAGUGCAAGCUUAUAAAUCGUACAAAUCAUCAACAUGUCAAUCAACGAGACAAGCGUAUAUUAAAAGUCUUUAUCAGUAUUAUUCCAAACAUGGUUGCGCUCUACAACAUAUACAUGAAAUGAAUGAAUGCUUGAAAAAUGAAAAAAGCAACUAUGGCUCUAAUGGUAAUCAGUUAUUUGCGACCAAAGAAAUAAAAUUUGUUAAUUCAUACACUAAUAUUGUCUCAGAAAGUAUAUGA